AUGUCUAACACUACUUAUAGGAAACUGAAAAACAAGGAAGUUAACUUGUUAGGCUAUUUUGACACAAAAAAAUUUUUGGAAAUUACGAUUAAGGAUAAAAAGUGUAAUUUUAACUAUUUUGUUUCCAUUCAUGAAAUUGGAAACAUUAGCAACUUGCUAUACUUUUCUGUAUAUGGGAAUAAUAUAAAUGGACCAAUACCUGCUACAUUCAAAGGGUUGAAAAAUCUUCAGGGAUUGGACCUUAGCAACAAUGGACUACAAGGAUCAUUUAUUGAGGAGCUUUGUAAAGUUGAGAGGUUGAGUGAGUUGUAUCUAGACAAUAAUAAGCUCUCUGGUGUUUUACCGACGUGUUUGGGAAAUAUGACUUCUCUUCAAAAGUUAUACAUAGGAUCUAAUAGUUUGAACUCUAGCAGCAUACCUUCCUCUCUUUGGAGUCUUAAAGAUAUAUUAGAAGUAAAUUUGUCCUCUAAUGCUUUCAUUGGUAAUCUUCCACUUGAGAUUGGAAACUUGAAAGCAAUUGUAAUAUUAGAUCUAUCAAGAAAUCAUAUUUCAGGCAACAUUCCUGCAACCAUCGGUUCUGUAAUAACUUUGCAGAAUCUCUCCUUAGCACAUAACAAACUGAUGGGAUCAAUUCCCGCAUCAUUGGAUCAAAUGGUAAGCUUGAUAUCCUUGGACUUGUCCCAAAAUAUGCUAACAGGUGUUAUUCCAAAAUCCUUAGAAUCACUUUUGUAUCUUCAAAACAUCAACUUGUCAUAUAAUAGAUUACAAGGAGAGAUUCCUGAUGGUGGACCAUUCAAAAAGUUCACAGCUCAGUCAUUUAAGCAUAAUGAAGCACUGUGUGGAAAUCCUCGCCUCCAAGUACCUCGGUGUGGUAAACAAGUUAAGAAAAGGUCAAUUUCAAAGAAGUUAUUACUCAAAUGCCUAAUUCCUAUACUUGUGUCGACCUUUUUGCUUGUUGCAUGCAUUAUACUUGUAAAACAUAAUAAAAGGAAAAAGGUUGAAAAUACUCCUGAAAGGGGUUUAUCAACUUUAGGAGCUCCAAGAAGAAUAUCCUAUUAUGAACUUGUGCAAGCAACUAAUGGAUUCAAUGAGAGUAACUUACUUGGAAAUGGGGGAUUUGGCUCUGUGUAUCAGGGGAAGCUUCCUGAUGGUGAGAUGAUCGCAGUUAAAGUAAUUGAUUUGCAGUCAGAGGCAAAAUCAAGGAGCUUUGAUGCAGAAUGCAAUGCAAUGAAAGAACUACGACAUCGAAAUCUGGUUAAGAUUAUCAGUAGUUGUUCAAAUCUUGAUUUCAAAUCAUUGGUGAUGGAGUUCAUGUCGAAUGGAAGUGUGGACAAAUGGUUAUAUUUGUUAGAAAUACGGUAUGAUAAUCCUGGAUAUCUUCGAAGAAUCGUGUUCGUUCACUUUCUGAACAAAGUAUUUCGACCCUAUUCUUGUCUGGGUUCACGAAAUCUUUGCGGGGAUAAUUCUCGAAGAGCAAUCUGUUUCUGA